UUUACAGCACUGAAACACCAACAGAAACCAUUCCAAAUGUAUCUUCUCCAUCUGUCAUUGACUCAAACACAACCUCUGAAACAGAAUUGUCAUCAAUCAGUGCAACUUUCACUGAAGGUUCUGGAGUGCAGCCAUCCUUUACUAUCACACAUACAGAAAGUUCUGGAGAUGGCACUGGUGAGUUUAGUAAAGAGUCAACAACACCUUCUAUUUCUUCGUUGUUCAGUACAAAGACUCCAGCAGUGACCAAAUUCCACGAGGAUGUAACCAAAGACAUUUUUAAAAAACCUGUGACUACUUUUUCGUCCCUCUACAGUACUGAAUCAAAUCAAGUGUCUGCUGGAAUGCACACAUCAUUAAAUCCAGACAGGACUGAGGAAACCUCAGUAAGGAUUCCAGUAGAUCAAGAUGGUUCAGGUGAAGAGACCCAAGACAAGGUCAUUCAGCAAUCUCCCAGAGUUACAUCUACUCUAUACAUCACAGAAGCAUCAACAACAGAAUCUCAUGUGAGUUUAUUGACUGUUUCAGAGACUGAGGUCGCGGUCACUGAUUCCAUUCAAUCCUUCACUAGUGUUGGUAUCUCACCUGGAACUAAAUCAUUAUCAUUUGUCAGUACCUUUUUUACAGAAGGUUCGGAAGACAUUACUGUUGAUCCAAUGAAUAAGAUACCCAAACAGGUCACUGGAUCUCCAGCAGCUUCAUCCUCAAUGUUUAGCACAAAAAAACCAACAGCACAACUGCCUCUUGAAGAAAAAGACCCAGUUUCAUCUUUCAUUCAGAUCCCAACAGAUGAAGAUAGUUCAGGUGACCAAACCCCAGAAAUGUUCCAUCAGACAUCUUCUGUCAUUACUGCUACCCCCUCCAUCACUGAGGCACUAACAUCUGGACAUCAUUUUGUAUCAUCUACUGUCACAAAAAAUGAGAUUGAAUAUUUGAGCACUAAUUCCAUUUCAUCCGUCAUUGGAUCAAGUAUAACACCUGAAACAAAAUCAUCAUUUGCAAGUGGCACUGUUACAGAAAGUUCUGGAGACACUGUGGAUCUCACUGGAGAAUCGUUCAUUUCAGCCACCACUUUCUCAUUAGAUAGAACUGACACCACAACACCCUCAGCUGCAAAGAGCUCAAAUGAACAAAUUACCAAGAUACAGAACAAAGUCAUUGCAACUACAGCAGCUUCCUCCUUGUUUAGCACAGAGAAACAAACACAACUACCACUUGAUGAAAAGGACACUGAUGCCUCAGGUUCAUCUUCCUUAUACAGCACUGAAUCAAUGUCACAUGAAACCAGCACUGAAUCAAUGUCACAUGAAACAGCAAGCCAUGAAACUACAAUGACAUCGGUUACAAAAGAACCUUUUGUUUCAGUGGCCUCUGUCCAAAUGUCUCCAACAGAUUCAUCUAUUUUAUACUCUACAGUUUCAGUAACGGAUAGUGAAAUUCUGAGCAGUGAGACUAUGAUGGUUGAGUCUGUCCCUUCCAUCAGUGUAUCAACCAUCCAGCCUGGAAUGUUAUCAGUUGUCACGACUACAGACACAAAUGGUUAUGGAGACAGUACGGAUGUCAUACAAGAGCGACAAACUACCCUUUCAUUUCAUUCAGAUUCAGUAUCAGUCAGCACAAGUGAAGGUUCUGGAGAACUAUUUAAUCUUAAUGAAGAUUCCCUCAUUUCAGCAGCAACAUCCUCUGCAAUCUUUGGCACGGACAUGCCAGCAGUGACAACAGCACCAUCAUUACCACAGAAGACAGUUCCGACAUUACCAGGGAUAGAGGAAGAGAGCUCGGGUGAAGAAAGAACACUGUCUGCAUCUCUUACUUCUUCCUCAUUGUUUAGCACAGUAAAACCAACAGAACAACCACUUCUGGAAAACAAAACUGUUCCAAAAGUUUUUUCUUUGUACAGCACAGAUACAAUGCCAAGUAAAACAACAGAUAGCCAUGAAACAAAGUUGUCAUCAGUCACUCUUGUCACUACAACACAGACACAGAGUUCAGGAGAUGUUAGUGAUGAGUUUACUGGAAAGCCAAAUAUCAUCAAACCUACUGUUUCUUCACUGUUUAGUACAGAGACACCAGCAGUGAAAGCAGCAGAUGGUGGUGGAACAAGUGCUUUCGCCAAGUUAGCUGUUACUGCUGCAUCAUCUUUGUAUAGUACGGAGAAACCAACAACAGAUAUGUCGUCUACUCUUUCAGACUAUGAGGACAUUGAUAAAAACAUUGCUAGUGGCACCAUGAUUGUUGAGUCUGUUCCUUCCCACAGUGAAUCAAAUACCAAACCUGCAAUAGUACCCUACUUCACUACCCCAGACACUGAGAAUUCUGGAGACAGUACAGAUGAACUAUUGAAGCAGUCAACAGUCACAACAUUUUCAUCAAUGUUUAGUACAGAGACACCAGCAGUGACAGCAUCACAAGAUGAUCAAACAAGUGCAAGUUUUAAGACAUCAAUACAUGUGUCAUCCAUCCACAGUACUAGUAAACCUUAUUCAGUCUCUCCUGAAAUUCUAAAGUAUGUGACUUCAGCUCAGAGAGAUGAACAAUUGUAUACAAGUGGGCCUAGCUUUUUCUCAACCUCAGGUGACCAUGAAGGGUCAGGUGAUGAAACCCAAGAUCCAUUUGCGCCAACAUCUUUCCCAUCUUUUGCCUCCAACACUGAGACAAUUGAAAGAGUAGAACGUGGCCAAACAACUAAACCUACGGUGUUUUCAAACUCAAACAAACCAACUUCCACUCCCAUUUCUUCUGUAACAAGUUCUACUGCAGAAUCUUUACUCAACUCCUCUGUUUUGUCAUUUACUCUUCCAGACAUCAAGAGUGACAUUAGUAGCCCAACCCACAUUGUCGAUUCUAUUCCUUCUCUCAGUAGAACAACCAUCAAAUCUGAAAUCAUUCAAGAUUUUGACAGCUCUGGUGACCACACUUUGGAUUAUUCUAAACUUCCAAUAAGUGACACAACCUCUGUCUCAUCUAUGUCUAGCACACUUAAAGCAGUACCCACAGAAUUAACUGACCAUGUUGUUGCCACUGUAGUGUCUACCUCACACAGCACAGAAAAACUAACAACAAUGUUAAAUGAAAUGCAAGAAACUGUUGAAGCAAGUCAUACAGAAAAUAUAAUAGCGACAUUUGGACCCACUACAGAUGACAAGAGCAACUUAGAUCUUUCCAUUGAAGAGACUGUUACUAAUGAUUCACUUAACCCUGAGAAAAAAACACUGGAGCCCACAAUAUACACAUCUGAUCACGUGGAAGGCUCUACUGAUGCAACUACUGGGUCUUAUCUCUUCAGCCUGUCUGCACUGCUAAGAACCACCGCUGCAACGCUUACACAGUCAACAGUUACACAAACUCAAAACCUACACAGAACUGAAAAUCCUUCAGCUAUUCCAAUCAUAAAUGAAUUUGACGUAAAUUCUGCAAUUAUUCUGACAGAACAUGACAGCUCAAAUGGACAAACAACUGAAAUUUUACAAAAGGAAUCUUCGAGCUUGUCUUUUUUGCCAACUACAGACAGUACAAUGGAAUACAGCGGCCACUCAGCUAUCGUGAUUGGCACCUCACAAACAGCUACUAAAUCUCCAAUCUCCCUAAAGCCUUCCAUUCAAAUCAUUGAUGACACAGAAUUUAUUGAGCAAAACCCUGACUUUACCAAAGCCACUGAGCAAACAUCCACAAUCAUUUCUUCGUUGUUUAGUACAACAAAACCAGCACUAUCAACAGCAUUAUAUGCAACAAGUGGAAGAGGAAGCACAGCAUCUCUGGUUACUACAGAUUAUUCUCAGGAAAGCACUGAGAGUCCAAGUUUACCUGCUACACAAAGAAACACAGAACAACCCAUAAUAACUCCUGAAACAUUAUCUGUGAACAUCUCCACUGCAUUCACCGAAGAACCUCCAUCUCACCUUGCCACUGACAAUGUUUCAUCAACAUCUGUGUACAGCAUCAUACAAAAUCCAGUGACAACAAUUUCAAUUGACAGUACAGAAGUUUCCAACACAGAUGUAACCAAUGUGGAAGAGGGAUCUGGAGUGACACACUUAAGUCUUUCCAGCACUAAGUCCCCAGCACCUUCAAAACACAGCAUCAGCACAGACAUUGACUUACUAGAAGCAGUGCCUACUGCCAUAACAACUGUUGAUCCCGCCAGCACAUUGUUUGUUUCAGACUCAUUAUUUACAAAUGAAGAAGGUUCAGGUCCUUUGCACAGCACUCCAGUUUUAACCAUGUUCAGCACGGAGAACCCUGAAUCAACAGUUCCUCCAGCUAAUGUUCAUACGACAGAGACAGCAAGCCAAGUUCUUACAGAAUCUGUAUUAUUUACCACAAAGAAUCAAUUAAUAACACCAUCAGCAGAAACUCAAACAAAUACAGUUUUAAAACCUCAAGUGACCUUAGUUUCAUCUCUGUUUAGUACAGAGAAACCAACAUCAGUGCCCUCAUUUGAAGGUGAAAACACAUCACCCCUAUCUUCUGCAACAGAAAAAAGUCAGAUAUCUGAGAGCCAGAGUGCUGGAAGCUCAGGAGAUGCCACGUCUGCCAUCACAAUUGAAAUUUCUCUAGAAACACCAAAGGAAGAAUCAUCUUUAGAGCAAACAACCAAGUCAAAACCCACAUUCCGACCAUCAUUUCCAUUCAAGAAGACUGAAGAAGAAAGUUCAGGUGAUUCCCAUGUAUUCGACCCUACUCAGCCCAUGGUAACCCCAAUUUUCGCUGUGUUCCCCUCAAAAGAAACUUUCACUUAUGAUGACAUGGAGCUCUCUGGGCAUUCACCUGAAGAGGACGACUUAGAGACAAGUUCAGAUGGAUCAGGUGGGGAUAUACCCAUUGAUACAACAGAUGAGUUGGAAACUGACGAGAUCACAUCUGAUUUGUCAACACAACCAAACAAACAGUCCACAAAGGAAUUUGUGCCAUCAACCAAGUCUACAAGUAUGACGAGUGAUGAGAUUUACCUAACUGAUCAAGGAAGUGGUGUCUUCACUGAUGAUUCCCCAAUGGAAGAAGAGAGUUCCGGUACUGACUUUUUUGACAUACCAACAACGUCUCUGCCAAUAGCAAAACCCUCAGUGCUUGACACAACUAUAGCAUCCACAGAACAAAUCCCUCUUUCACCAAGUGCUGUCACUGAGCACAGUUCAAAUUUGUCCACCGACACUUUGUACAGUAGGCCCACAUUGUUUUCACCUGAGACACAAACAAGAUCAGAGAAAAAAGAAGAAGAAAUCUCAGGAGAGCAUUCCAAAAUUGUGCCAACAGAUGCUUGGACUACCAUGUCAUCAAAAAUAGCAUCUCAUGAAAAUCUAUCUACUGAUAGUGAAAUAGUUACAGCACAUUCCGUCCACACCACAACCAACCAACUAAACACCACAGAGAUCCCAUUAACAGGCACAUCUAACAGUCCACCGUCUGCUGUGACUGCAGUGUCUUCCCUCUUCAGCACAUCCAAUUUGGUGUCUUCUGUCCAAUCAGUUGUAACAUCCGAAACUGAUCAAUCAACGUUAGAUUUCACAUUGGCAGAAGAAGAGGGCUCUGGUUACCAAACAACCCAGACGUUAACUGCUAAUCCAUCUUUGAUGACUGUAACAUUUAAUGAGGCAACAGGGGAAACCGAAACCUUUGUUGCAGCCACUUCAACCACGGAUGAACAGGUUUCCUCACAAGAGAUAGACUUAACUAACAUUCCUGAGAUGACACAUUCUCCCAUUUUUAACACUGGUACUAAUGAAAUAACUGUAGCUAAGGAUGCAACACAAUCGGUCUAUACAACUGCCCUCCCCUAUUCAAUUGAAAUUGACAGUGCAAGAGGCCUAACGACAGUGAGCCCAAGCAAUGAAAAUGAUGAAUUCACGACUUUAUCAACCCCUGUUCCUCCAGUUGUAUAUCACAGCAAUACAGACCAACAGGUUGUUAUCGUUACUCCUAGCAGCCAACCAGAGGCUGGCCUAAAAGAACAAACACCUACCAUGGUCCUGCAUGUGUCUAAACCAUCAACCGGCAACACAAUUAUUUUUACAGAAGAUACAGAUGAUGACCAACUGUUUGCUUCAGUUACAAAAAGUACACAACAAGGAAGUCCAUCCCCAGAGCUCAUCACCAACACUGAUAUUAUUAUUGAUGCAGAUACCCUUUCCAUUGUCGCCUCGUCGCCAUACAAGCCAACAAUACAGACAGAAGAGGCAGGGGGUGUCACAGCAAUUACAAUGACACAAAAAUUGGAGGUGACAGAACCAGAGGGUUCAGGAACAGAUGCUGUCCUCGUUUUCACUUCUACACAUGAGCCUUUACAUGCAUCAGCCACUUCAGCCUCCUCUGAAUAUUUCCCAUCCACAUCAGAUGCUACGGAGACAGUCACUGAACACACCGAAAUAUCAUCCCAAAUGAGCCUAGCAAUGACCAUCUCAACAAUAUCAAGCCAUAAAAUAUUAGAUGACAAGACCACAUCACACACAGAUCUCAAGCAGGUAGAUGAUGACGAUAAAGAAACAAACUUAAUCUCAUCCACAGCCAUUGCAGCCACAAGUUCUGAUGUGAUUGCAUCGUCAAACAUCUCUGUACACCCAGUCACUGCAGCACCACACAUGCCAGUGUCUACUGAACCUGCUUCAGUAAAACCAAACAGUCAAAUGUCUCAUGAAGAGUCAUCAAGUAGCUAUGACUUAGAUGAAGGCUCUGCAGUAGACAACCUGAUCAGAGCUGAAACCACAGUAACAUCUUCUGUAUGGACAAAACCAACAUCACAAGCAUCUUCAAUGUCCAGCACAGAAAAGCCUGAAAUUGAUGAAACUGUCACAGAUGAAGGUGUUAAAAGUGUUUUCUCAUCUCUCUAUAGUACAGUGACACCAACAGCAACUGUUGUACAAGAUGUCACUGACACCUCAGUUUACGUAAGGCAGACAACAUUAUCAUUUGUAAAUGCUUUCCCUGAGCUUGGGAGUGGAAAGUUGGAAAGAGAAAAUGCUGCUUCAAGUCUCUACAGCACUGUGCAGUCCACUGUCACCUCCUUUACAGAAACACAAUCACAUGACCACACCCUUGUUUCAGAACCUUCAAUACAAACUGUUGCUCCUCAUGACAAAAUUAACACUGGCAAUAGUCUCUCUACAACCUCAUUGUACCCUUUAGAUGCAGAUGAGAUCUCAAAUACCAAAACUGCUUCACCAGUAAUAACUGAGAGUAGAAAUACUGUCGCCAGUAUAGAAUUUACCCUGUUUAGUACACAGAAUCCCACAAAGACUUUGGAAGAUGUAAACUUGUCAGAAAUAGUUUCACCUUCCCCUGAUGUAUUAACAAUAGACUAUGACACUUCUUCAUUCACAGAUGACUCAUUUUCUACUUUAACAGUAUCUUCUGUAGAAAGUACUACUAACCCUGACCCAUCAAUUCAAUUUGUUACCACUUUUAUCCCCGUAGUGGAUACUACCCCGCUCGAGGUUUCCUUCCAACAUGCCAGGUCUGAGAUUACAUUCACUCAUCAUCCCAGUAUUGCUGAGACGAGUGUUGUAGCCACAACAGACCCAAUGUUGCCCGUUAAAAGUUCAAGUCAGUACUAUGAACCUAGUAGUGUGCCUCCCCAUGGUGGAGUAGAAGAUAAACAAGUUGAAACAAGUGUUCCUCUAACUACCGAUGUUGCAAGUACCUUACCUCAUUCACAUGAAAUGGAAGAUAUCAAAGCAUCAAUCUCUCCUGAGGUUGAAUCCAUAACAACAGCUCUAGAAACUGUUCAGUCUGCAAAACCAGAAGAAAAGGCUGCUCGGACUGAAUCAACUAUGGAUGUGUCAAUAGAAAUAUCCCCUGAAAGUCCAGGGGAACAAAUCCUCCAGCAAACAACUGAAUCACUCUCAGAACAACCUGAAAGUACUCUCUCACCAACAGAACCAUCACUGUCAAGUGCUGUGACUCCAAAAGUGGCUGCCAUUUUAAAUGUCACUGGGGAGACUGUGAAUCCAACGACAAGGGAACCUGAUACAAGAGGUGAAAGUUCAAGCUCUUCAGAAAGUGGGGAGAUGUCUGCAUCAACAGAGAUAAGUAUUAUCACAUCAGCAGAAGAAGACGGUUCAGGAGUCACAGUACCAAGCGUUUACAAUGCAGGCUCGGCUCGUCCAACAAUGUCAUUUGGUGCGUCAACUCAGACACAGUCAUAUAAAGAAAUACCCGAUCAGCUGUCUACUGAGACACACAGGACAAAGACAUUUUCAACACAAUCCCGUGAUGUGAUAAGUACUGUGGCGUCAGGUAGUAUUGAGUCAGGAAUGACGGAUGUUUACAGUGAGGAAACCCAAUACAUAGAAAUAACCACACAGGACCCUACUAGUCUGACAGAAUCUGAACAACCCUCCCCAGACACUAAAACAGGAGCAACAACAGUGCCUCCUAGACAUAUCUCAGAUGAAAAUGUCCUUUCUGGAUCUACUGAAACCCCAAUGAUAGGCACAUAUUCAACACAGUCUCCAGAUGUGACGAGCACUGUUAAGUUAUACAAAACAACAAGUUUUAAUGAGUUAGAUUUAAUAGAUGUUGACAGUGAGGAGACACACUAUGAUGACAAAACAAGCACACAGGACCUUGCUGGUCUGACAGUUUCUGGAGAAACCUCUACGGACCCUAAAACAGUGGAAAAAACAGUGCCUACAGAACAUAUGUCAUAUGAAAACAUCCUUUUUGAAACUACUGGGAGCCCCAUGAUAGAGACAUAUUGGACACAGUCCCCAAAUGUGACAAGCACGGUUAAGGCACAAAGUUUUGUCGAGUCAGGAUCGACAGAUGUUCACAUAGAAGAGACACAGAACAUUGACAUAACAAGCACAGAGCACCCCACUGAUCUAACUAGUUCUGGAGAAACAUCUACGGACCCUAAAGCUGUGACAACAACAAUACCUGAAAAGCAUUUUUCAGAUGUCAAUGUCCUUCCUGUAUCAGAGUCCUCACAGGAAAGUAUUUCAGUACAAUUUGUCACAACUUUUCCUCUGCAACAAAACCCAACACCCUCUGAGGAAUCAAUGGAGCAAGCACGUUCGGAGGUUGCACUUACCCAUCGCCCCUACACAGAUGUCUCCUCCGAGGUUGAAUCACCAACUGGUCCAAUGUCUACAAGUCUGUUUAGUGAAUCAACAACCAUCCUUGUUCCUACUUCAGCUGUUGAAACUGGAUCUGCCUCAGUUAAAAUAGCGUCAAUUGAACCUACUGAUGAACAAGUUUCAAGUGGUGAAAAGGCUGAACCAGAAAUAAUAACUCAGUCUCCACCUGACAUCAAUAAUGAAGGUAUAAGUGAGGAGACACCAGACUAUGAUACUUCAAAUCCCAUCAUAGUGGAGAGUAUUCCACAUGACAAUGACAGGACAAAACCAACAAAAGUAACAAUGCACACUACUAACCAAGUUGAUGAGCUUUUUGACUCAGUAAGCAGUACUAAAAGUACUGCAGUGCUAAAGGUAACAUCUUCUCCAGGCUCUGAAGAUGCUUCACAAAGCAUCAACAGCCUAGAUUAUAGAACUAGCACAACCAGUGCAGAUAGUCUUUCCAGAAAUGGGAUGACCACAGCAAAGUUAAAAUCUGAUGAAAUACAGACGGUCUUCAAGGUAGAUACUACUACCACAUCUCCAAAGUUGGAGUCUGCUAAAGUUCUUAAAACUGCUGGGGAAGAGGGAGUUCCAGGACCAAUAGAAAUACCUCAAAUACAACCCCAAGACCCUAACGUAUUCACAACAAUGGCACCAGGUGACAAGCAAAGACAGAACAGGUUGUUUGUUGCAUCAUUCCCUGGCAACGAUGACAAACUGGACAGUCACACAACCACACCGUCAUCUCCUAUUGGAAGAGAAUCACCAAUCAAAGCGAUGGACAUAACUUUACCUCCUGAUACAAACCUUGAUCAGGGGUACACCGUUUUAGGAGAGGCUGUUGAAAUUUCAGGAGUUAACUCUUGUACUGUAAACAAGUGUCUGAAUGGUGGCUCUUGCCACAUGAGCGGCCACAUUCCUGCAUGUAGCUGUGCACCUGGUUUUGGCGGUGAUCAUUGUGAAACAGAUAUUGAUGAAUGCCAGUCCAACCCUUGCCGCAAUGGCGGUACAUGCGUUGAUGGAGUGGCGUGCUUCACAUGUGUUUGCUUACCGAGCUACUCAGGACAGUUUUGUGAGGAGGACACAGAGGUGUGUGAAUAUGGCUGGCACAAGUUUCAUGGCCAGUGCUACAAGUAUUUCCCCAGCAGGAAGGAGUGGGACUCAGCAGAGCGAGAGUGUCGCAUGCAUGGAGCUCACCUGACCAGCAUCCUCUCCAAUGAGGAGCAACAGUUUGUCAACCGUCUUGGCCAGGACUACCAGUGGAUUGGUCUGAAUGAUAAGAUGUUUGACGGUGACUUCCGAUGGACCGAUGGCAGCCCUAUGCAUUACGAAAACUGGAGGCCCCAGCAGCCUGACAGCUUCUUCUCUUCAGGAGAGGACUGUGUCGUGAUGAUCUGGCACGAGGACGGCCAGUGGAAUGACGUGCCGUGCAACUACCACCUCACCUUCACUUGCAAGAAGGGCACAGUGGCAUGCAGCCAGCCUCCAGUAGUGGAGAACGCACAGACCUUUGGUUCACAACGUGACCGCUACGAGGUCAACUCCCUGGUGAGGUACCAGUGCCGGACAGGUUACAUUCAGAAGCACCCUCCGACGAUCCGUUGCCGCGGCGACGGGCACUGGGACGCCCCUAAAAUAUCCUGCAUUAACCCGUCCAACUAUCAGAGAAGCUUCAUGAGAAAGCAUCAACACAAACGUCUUUACAGCGUCAACAACUUCAACCAGAGGCCAGAACAGGCCUUCUCGCUCUAUCACCAGCGCUACAGAGCCAGGAGAGAUACGAGUGAACACAAGCGGAGGAGGCUGUGAUUCCCACUGCACAGUUGGUGCUUCUGGAACACAAGAGAUUACAAACAAUCCAAGAGGACCUGCAUUCUGGAUUUUUUUCAAGUGCCUUUUAAAGAAGAUGACUUCUUGCAAUCAAGAGACGCUGUUUUCUAAAGACGACGUGGAGAAAUACUUUCAGCUGGCUACUGGAAAUACCAACAAGUACAAAUAUUUUUGUUGUUGUUUUUAAAUUGUGCUGGCAGUUACAUAACACAUUUGUAUUCCGGCUGUGCUGUUUUAAAAAUCACCAUAAGUGUUCCUUAUUCUGAGAAGAUGAAAAGCAGAUGGGAAUUUAUAGCGCUUAUGUUAUGUCAAUGACACGUUUAGCAAAGAUGGAUGCAUCGGUGAUGAUCAUACCAAAUAAAAGAGAGUCAGAUCCUUUUAAAGUUUUUAUUUUGAACCAAACUUUUAGCCGAGGCAGCUCAGAAAAGUGCCAACCUGAACUCCAAUCGUCGUGUUUUUUUAAUGGAAAUAUUUUUAUAGAGAGGAUAAAUGCAACUUUUAUUAUUAUUAUUAUUUUUUUUUUUCAAAUUUUCUUGUAAUCAGACCAUAUUUUCGGUAUAUUAUGUUGAAUUAAAUUUUUUUCCAUCAAACAUACCGAAAAUAUGGUUUGUAUAUUAGGUGGAAUUUUUAAGAAUUCCAUCUGAAGUACCGAAAAUAUGGUCUGAUUACAAGAACAUUUGAAAAAGUAUAUGAAUAAGAAGACAUAAUGAACCUUUUUGAGCAACUUUUAUUAUUUUUACAUUUUUUAUUUUUAAAAUGCUCUGUAAUCAGACCAUAUUUUCAUUAUAUUAGAAGGAAUUUUUAAAAAUUCCAUCUAAUAUAUCGAAAAUAUGGUCUGUAUUAUAUUAGAUGGAAUUUUUAAGAAUUCCAUCUAAUAUACUGAAAAUAUGGUCUGAUUACAAGAACAUUUGAAAAAGUACAUGAAUAAGAAGACAUAAUGAAUCUUUUUGAGCAACUUUUAUUUUUAUUUUUUUUAAGUACGGUACCGUGCAUACCAGAUGGAGAUGCACAGCACAAUAAAUGCACUGAAACCCAUCAGUGCACAUCUUUUUUUUUUUUUUUUUUUUGCCAUGACAUGUUUACAAUAACCAUAAUGCUGUUCAUGUUCAUACACCAGAGUCUUGCUCUCAUCUGCUGCUUUUGAGCGACACUUUGUGACGUCUGUUACCGAGAGAAUGUAUUUUGUGAAGCGCUCCCAAAGACUUGAACGUGACAUCCGUUUAAGCACAGAUGCAUGUAAUUUAUUUCACUUUUCAACUCUUUAAACGUUUCUUCUCCACUCACAGGCUAUUCCAUCAUUUCACUCUUCAGUGCUUUUCAUCUGUUCAUACUUUCAUGUACAUUCAGACUGAAAAUAUGUCAAAGGACCAAAUAAUAGAGAGAGCCUGUUCAGCUGCAAUAAUGUUGCGUACCAAAGACAUGAUAAUGUACAGUUAUGUGGUUUUGUUUAACAGAAACAUUUGUUUUUGUCUGCCUGUGAAUGUCUCAGCCUUAAUGUGCACAUACAAUUCUCUUUUAUUUUCUAUUUAUAACAUUUUUGUUUUUUGUGUCACACUGUGAAUGUCUGGGAUGUGUUUUUGUUUUUAAAAAGAGGUCGCCUUGUUUCCCUCCUGCUUUAACUCACCAAAGAAAUAAAAAUAAAAAAAUGAUUAUGAUAUAAAAAUGCAUUUUAUUUCUUAAAAUGACAAGGAUGAAGGAAAAUAAUCAAUUGUGGGCCUCGAGCGGGUGCAAUGUUGUGCU